AUGUUCCGUCAACUCCUCGUUUCGUUCGCCGUCUUCUCAGUUGCCUUCGCUUGCGAUGCUUCUGAGUCUGAAGGACGUGAGUGACCUCUACUCUUCCUCUUUUUCUUUGUUCUAUUCUAUUUCAUUCCAGCAUGUGACGGCGUCUUGAUUACCUGCCAGACUCAAGUGUGUGAUACAACCGCCGGUCAAUGCUGCCCUAUCACAAGUAAGACUCUUUAGUUUCGAUCCUUUCUCAAAGCCCUUUUCCAGCUGCUUCUGCCAGUUCCACCACCGUCUCCAGCAGCAGCUCCUCGACCGUAACCUCCUCCUCCACCACUGUCACAUCUUCUUCCUCCACCACUACUUGCGUUGAUCGUCUCAACCCAUCCACCGGAGUCUCCGAUUGCCCAGCUCUUGCUUAUCUCUGCAACGACUCCACCUACUACACCGUCAUGACUCAACAGUGCCCGAAGACGUGCGGACGCUGCAACACGACCUCGACCAGCUCCUCCAGCUGUGCCGAUCUCCUCAAUCCAUCCACCGGAGUCUCCGAUUGCCCAGCGCGUGCUUCUCUUUGCAACGAUGCCACCUACUACACCGUCAUGACCCAGCAGUGCCCAAAGACUUGCGGAAGAUGCAACUCGACCUCGACCACCACUUCCACCAGUAAGUGUUCUUCAUCUUUUGAUCCGUCUCUCUGGGCACACCCCUCCUUCCUUCGUAAUCCGUCCGUUCCAGGCACCUCUUGUGUCGAUCGUUCUAACCCGACCACCGGUAGAUCUGACUGCCCUUCCCGUGCCGCUCUUUGCAAUAACGCGGUUUAUUACAAUCUCAUGACUGUUCAGUGCCCGGUUACUUGUGGCCGUUGCUCUACUAACAGCACUUCUAGCUCUUGUGAGUGGCAGACUGCCUCUUGCUUCUGCCUCGCCAAUUCCCUUCGCUUCUGCUUCUGCUCCUUCCUCGUUUGCUUGUAUCUUCUCAUUCCCAUCAUUCCAGCCUCCUGCACCGAUCGCGUCAAUCCAUCGACCGGAGUCUCUGACUGCCCAGCUCGUGCUUCUCUCUGCAAUAACUCUGUCUACUACGAUGUGAUGACUGUCCAGUGCCCAGCCACCUGCGGCAGAUGCUCCUCCAGCUCGACCGUCACCUCGUCCUCUUCCACCACUGCUUCCUGUACUCGUUCCCUUCCCUUUCCAUUUCUAACUUUUCUCUCUUUUCAGCCACUUGCGCCGACCUCGUAAACUCUGCCACCGGAGUCUCCGACUGCCCGAACCGUGUCGCCUACUGCACCAACUCCGCCUACAUCGCCCUGAUGCGCGUUCAGUGCCCAUUGACCUGCGGAUUCUGCACUUCUGGAUAA